AUGUUUCAGGCUACUCCCAUCGAUGCAACACAUCAUCAAAUUAGUGAUGGAGCCGCAUGGACAAUCAUAUCUACAGAUAAGGCGGAGUAUCGUUUCUAUGAGGCUAUGGGUCCGGUAUCACAACCGAUUACUCCUGUUCCCGUAGUGAGCGGUUUGGACAUCACCGGUAGCGACUCCAUGGCUCGAGUAGAGCUGACAGGCUACAAUAUGAAGCCAAAUCUGAAGAUAUGGUUUGGAACAACUCCAGUAGAGACGAUAUACAGGUCCGACGAAUCACUCACAUGCCAAGUUCCAUCCCAUGCGGUAAUCAAAACCGAAGCAUCUGGAUGGGAUUUCAGCGGGGACGACGCCGAAGUGCCGAUCACGCUGGUCAGGGAUGAUGGAGUCAUCUACUCGACUCCGAUGAUGUUCUCCUACAAAACGCUC